AUGAUCAGAAAGCUGUUCCGGAGCCACGGGUUCUUAUCUCAAGUCAUAGAAAGCUCAGUAAACCCAGCAUCUUCUGAGUUCCUAGACAACCAGUCCCAAUUUUUGCGUCUCCGGCAAGAACUGCUUUCGAAAAUUGAAAAGGUUAAACUAGGUGGAGGCCACAAUUCAACUGAGCGACACAAAUCAAGAGGAAAAUUAAUUCCAAGAGACCGUGUGAAUGCCCUAAUUGAUAAAGGCUCCCCCUUCUUAGAACUUUCUCAGUUAGCAGCCUACGAUAUGUAUGGCGAAGAUGUCCCGAGUGCUGGCAUAAUCACAGGCAUUGGAAGAAUCCAAGAUCAGCAAUGCAUAAUUGUAUGCAAUGACGCCACUGUUAAAGGAGGAACCUAUUACCCUACUACUGUUAAAAAACACUUAAGAGCACAAGAAAUAGCUUUGGAGAAUGGGCUGCCUUGUAUUUACAUUGUUGACUCAGGUGGAGCAAAUCUCCCUCGACAGGAUGAAGUUUUCCCUGACAAAGAACACUUUGGAAGAAUUUUUUAUAAUCAGGCCAAGCUUUCGAGUGCUGGGAUCCCACAAAUUUCUAUUGUGUGUGGCUCUUGCACCGCAGGUGGAGCAUAUGUUCCAGCUAUGAGUGAUGAAAAUGUGAUAGUAAAUGGAAAUGGGACCAUCUUCCUUGGAGGACCUCCACUAGUAAAAGCUGCGACUGGAGAAAUCGUAUCAGCAGAAGACUUAGGAGGAACCACUUUGCAUUGCACCACAAGUGGUCUUACAGAUCAUUUUGCUAAAAAUGAAGCCCAUGCUUUACAGCUUGCUAGAGACAUUAUCAAAAACUUGAGGUCUCAAGAAAAUAAAGUAGAAGAAGAAGUUGAGGAGCCGCUUUAUAGCAUAGAAGAUUUAGCUGGCAUUGUUGCAGUUGACGGGAAAAAGCCAUUUGACAUAAGAGAAGUCAUUGCAAGAAUCGUUGACGGCAGCAGAUUUCACGAGUUUAAAAAAGGAUAUGGAACCACCUUGGUGACUGGAUUUGCAAAGCUUUAUGGGAUGAAUAUAGGGAUUGUAGCAAAUAAUGGAAUUUUGUUUUCAGAAUCGUCACUUAAAGGAAGCCACUUUAUUCAAUUGUGUGACCAAAGAAGAAUUCCUUUGUUUUUCUUACAGAAUAUCACAGGAUUUAUGGUUGGACAGCAGUAUGAAGCUGAAGGUAUUGCGAAACAUGGAGCAAAAAUGGUUAACGCUGUAGCUACAAGUACAGUGCCAAAGAUCACUUUGUUAUUAGGAGCAAGCUAUGGAGCUGGAAAUUACGGAAUGUGCGGAAGAGCAUAUGGCCCAAGAUUCUUAUAUAUGUGGCCUUCUGCCAAAAUUUCAGUUAUGGGAGGAACUCAAGCUGCAAAUGUCCUUGCUGAAGUAAACGCAAACAAAGGUAAAUGGAGCAAGGAAGAAGAAAAUGAAUUCAAAGACAAAAUCAUUGCAAAAUACGAUAAAGAAGGUUCGGCCUAUUACUCUACUGCAAGAUUGUGGGAUGAUGGAGUCAUUGAUCCAUUCCAAACAAGACAAAUUUUAGGUUUAAGCCUUUUUGCUACUCUGAAUAAAGAAGCAGAAAAGACUUCACAUGCAGUUUUUAGGAUGUAA